UCUCCAGGGCCGCCAUGUUGCGGAUUCUGCUGCGCGGUGAGGGAGGUGCUCCAGUCGGGCCGCUGCACAGCGCCCUGAGCGCCCCAACCAGGAGCUGUGCCGAGAGCGCGGGCGAAGCCGGAAGCCGGGCCAUGGAUUUAGUGACCUUUGAGGAUGUGGCUGUCAUCUUCACUUUGGAAGAGUGGGCUUUGCUGGAUCCGUCUCAGAAGAAUCUCUACAGAGAUGUGAUGCAGGAAACCUGCAGCAACCUCGCUGCUAUAGGACACAGAUGGGAAGAGCAGAAUAUUGAAGAUGAUUCUAAAAAUCUUGGAAGAAAUCUAAGGCACGUCAUAACUCACUCUGAGGAACCAUAUGAGCAUGAAGAAUAUGGGAAGAAGCCAUAUGAUUCUAAUUCUCUCAUAAGUGUUCAAGGGUACCUGGAAACUCACACUGUGAAUGGACCUUGUGAAUGUGAGGUAUGUUUAAAAUCCUUUGGUUUUCCAAGUUCAUUUGGAAUAUAUCACCAAACUCACAUUGGAGACAACUUCUUUGAAUACAAGGAAUGUGGAAAGGACUCUGUUUAUCAUAGUUCACUUUAUACACAUGGAGGCACCCACACUGUAAGAAAAUGUUAUGAAUGUAAUCAGUGUGGUAAAAUUCUGAGUUCUUCCAGUUCUCUUCAAAGACAUGAGAGAAUUCAUACAGGAGAAAGACCCUAUAAAUGUAACCAGUGUGGUAAAGCUCUGAGUUCUUCCACUUCCCUUCAAAGACAUAAGAGAAUUCAUACAGGAGAAAGACCCUAUAAAUGUAACCAGUGUGGUAAAGCUCUGAGUUCUUCCACUUCCCUUCAAAGACAUAAGAGAAUUCAUACAGGAGAAAGACCCUAUAAAUGUAACCAGUGUGGGAAAGCUUUUAGAUGCCACAGUGCUCUUCAGUUACAUGAGAGAAUUCAUACUGGUGAAAAGCCCUAUGAGUGUAAAGAGUGUGGUAAAGCCUUUACGUGCCACAGUUAUCUUCGAUUACAUGAAAGGACUCAUACUGGCGAGAAGCCCUAUGAAUGUAAGCAGUGUGGUAAAGCCUUCAGAUGUCAGACCUCCUAUCAGAGACAUAAAAUAAUUCAUGGUGGAGAAACCUUCUAUGAAUGUAAACAAUGUAGUAGGCUCUUCAUUUAUCCCUCUUUACUUCAAAUGCAUGAAAGAACUCACACUAGUGAAAAACCCUAUAAAUGUAAACAGUGUGGUAAGUCAUUCCUUUACCCCUCUUUACUUCAAAUGCACGAAAGAACGCACACUGGUGAAAAGCCCUACGAGUGUAAACAAUGUGGUACAGCUUUUAGACAUCACUCUUCCCUGCGAUUACAUGAAAGAACUCACACAGGAGAAAAACCCUAUGAAUGUCAACAGUGUGGGAAAGCCUUUACACGUCAUACUUCCCUUCGAUUACAUGAAAUAACUCAUACUGGAGAGAAACCCUAUAAAUGUAAAGAAUGUGGUAAAGCUUUUAGACAUCACUCUUCCCUUCGGUUACAUGGAAGAAUUCAUAGUGGAGAGAGACCCUAUGAAUGUAAACAAUGUGAUAAAGCCUUUAUAAGAUAUAGUUACCUUCGAUUACAUGAAAGAACUCAUACAGGAGAAAAACCUUAUGAAUGUCAACAGUGUGGGAAAGCCUUUAGCCGUCACAGUUCCUUUCAGAGACACAAGUCUAUUCAUGUUGUGGACAACCCCUAUGAAUGUCAACAAUAUCUAAUUCCUUUAUCCUUGUUUCCUUCAAAUUCAUCAGACAACUCAUACUGGUGAAAAACACUAUGAAUGUGAGCAGUGUGUAAACCAGAGUUUAUCCUCAUUCACAUAAAAUGCAUGUGAAAAGUCAACAUGGUGAUAAACCUUAAACAUAUAAACAAUGUGGUCUAGACUUCCAAUGCAUGAAGGAGUUUAUGUUGGGCAAAAUUUCUAUGAAUGUAACCAAUAUGGUAAGUAUUUCAUCUGCCACUUUUCCUUUCACAGAAAUAAGCUAAUUCAUGCUGGGGAAAUGCUUAUGAAUGGAAACAACCUGGUCAGUCUUUUAUCCCUAUUUGCUUCAAAUAUAUGAGAGAACUCACAGUGGUAAAAAACCAUAUGAUUUUAAACAAUAUGGUAAUUAGCCUUCAGGAGUCACAAGUCCCUUCAGUAACAUAAAAGACUUCAUCCUGGAAGGAAAAAAACAAUGUUUAGAUGUUUUUGCACCUGUAGAUUCCAUGAAUGAACUCAUGCUGGAAGCAGUCCUGUAAGUGGAAACAAAGCUGUGAAGCCUUCAGAGGUCACAGCUCCUUUCACACAGCAAUUGGUGAGACAAAGUGCUGUGAGUGUACAGAGUGUGGUAAGUUAAUGGUUGCUAGGAGAUGAACAGACGUUUUCUUCAGUGGCAUGGCUGCCCAUCAGCUGCCCAUGCUUCUGUAAACAGUGGUUCCCCAAGCUAUACUUGGUUGGAAUAACUUUUUUGUUUCUAUUAUUGGUACCGUAUGUGGGGUGAAUAGGCCUUUGUUCAUGUGUACUCAGAAAAUGUUCACAUAACACUUGGUACCUGAACAUGGGGCAUAACAGAACCAAAGAUGAGUUUGAGAGGAACACUUGCUUUGUCCCUUGUAGGUGAUGAAACAUGCCACCGAGGGGAAGCUUUGUGAGGGUGGAGCAUCUGUGAGGUUAAUCCUGGGAUGGCUUCCUUUACAGUGUGCCAUGGAAUGGCAUGGCUUCUUACUGCAGUACUAGUUGCGUUGCCCUUACUGUGAACUUCUAUGUCAUAUGGAGUUACAUGCUUCUCUAACAAAUGAGGUCUGCCACACUGAGUAUACAGACACUCGCAUGUGGAUAACAGGCUAAAGAAUAUAUUACAAUCCCUGUAGGUAGCACAUAUGGACAGAAUUAAGUAGGCAUCAGGUGCAUGACCCUUGCUCUAAGCAGUAUAGCAUGUAACUGAGGCAUAGCUGUCUGUCCAACAUGAAUUUGCCCCUUUGAUGGAGGAGUUACUGUGAGGAAAAGACAUGCAGAUACUGUGCACUUAGCCUCAGAAUUGGCAGGAAGAAUGGGCAAGAGAAUGGGAAUGAAUGAGAUGCAGGUGCUGGCUUCUGGUUUCCAACAGCUGGGGAUGGCAUGAAGGAAACAUUUAAAAUUAAGUCUAUGCUAAGUAGUGCUUUCAUGGGAUCCUAAACUUGGAACCUAUGGGAAAGAUAGAACACUGAGGGUGCUGUAUUUGAAGGGAGUGUAUUAGAAAUGAUCAAAGUCAGCCCUUAGACCUGACCUUUAAUACAGAGGAGUGGAAAAUCACUGGCACAGUAUGUGAAUGAAGACCCAAAUAGCCCAGUAACGGGAGCUGUAAUAAUCAGCAAAUAUUCUGCCUUUUGAAGGCUUUGAAAUUUGAGGAAAUGAUUAAUGACGAUAUUAAAGAUAGAGCAGUGGAGCUGAAGAAGUCUGUGUUUUCCCCAGAGUUGGGCAUAUAUGUCCCCAUGGUAAUGUGUGCAUUCUCCUGAAGGAAGGAAUACUUUGUGUGUAAAUUGUCCAGUAGUCAGGGCAUUCAGUGAAGACGCAGCAGUGUGCCACAGCUUGGGCCCAGAGACUGUCAGACCCCAGGAGCCUGUGGACUUAGAGCAGGUGAGAGCCUGUCUGAACUUCCUCUUGGCCCUUUGCCAAUUAGAGAACAAGAGGCAGCCCCUUCCUCACCAGUGCUGUUGGAGGCAAGGAAAUGCAUGGCAGGCCUGUGGCAACCUGGAAGAGGAUGCAGGAUGGCUUCUGCAGAAUGGCUGGCUAGGGCCACCAGACCAGUACUCAUUUUCUUUUCCUUCUGAGGCAGUUUCCCAUCUGGCCUCAGAUUUGCUGUAUAGCCCAGGAUGACCUUGACCUGAUCCUCCUGCCUCCAUCUUCUAAGUGCUGGUGUACGUAUGUAUGCACCACCUCACCUGGUUUCAUGUGGUUCUGGGGAUCAAACUCAGGUUUCAUACAUGUGAGACAAGGACUCUACCACCUGUGCUACAAUGUCAGCUCAAUAUUGAGGAAAGAGUGGACAGUUUUAUUUGUUGUCCCUUUAGCUUCUGACUUCUGCGUUCAACUGACACUUGUUUGGUAUUGUGGCUUGUAGGCCUUCUGUUUACCCUUUCCAAAAAGAUUUCACUUCCUAGAUGGCAUAAUGCUAACCUCUGGAGUGUUUCACAGAACUUAGAAAAGCAUCUGAAUGAGAUAAAAGAGUGAAGAUGGGAAGGCAGUAUAUACAGGCUGUAACACGGGUGAUACACAAGGUGAAUGAGGAAAGUCCUCAACAGCCUGGGCCUGUAGACAUUAAAACAGCAUUGAACUGUUUGGAUGGAAGCACUCUGUGUUCAUGGGAAACGAUGCUCCCAGAAGAUAAGCUAUUUAGUGAAAAUGGCAGUGCCAGGGGUGGGCUACCUCUGUAGGAUUUGACCAUGGAGCCCCCCCCCCAUAGAUUCCUCAAAUAAUAAAGGCUGUUUCCACUGCUGCUAGUUGCUUACAAGAACUAGAUAGUAAGACUGUUGCUGGAGACACCACAUACUUUGAUUGCUCAAUGUGAAGAAAUCAAGCUGGGACUGAGCUGGCAUCUUCCUCCUUGCCUGCUAGCAGUCAUAGUGCUUGUGGGCGCUUGCAGCAGAAUUGUCAACACUACUGUUCAGCUGUGGACCCUGCAUGUUAUACUACCAAAAUGCCAAUCAAGAUGUGCCUACUAGGGCUAGUGAGAUGUCAGCAGGUGAGGGUGUUUGCUGCCAAGCCUGAAAACUUCAGUUCGAUCCCUGGAACCCAUGUGAUGGAAGGAGAGAACCAAACCUCACAACUUGUCCUCUGGUCUCUGUAUAUGUACCAUGCAUCUUCCCCCACCUCUGCAAUAAAUAAAUAAACAGACAAAUGUGAUAAAUCUGCUCACUGGUACAAUAUCGGCAUGAUUUAUGAGAGUAACCAAUGGCUUUCUGAUUGGAUUUGGGGCCUGCUCACAGGGGGACGUCCAUGUCUGGUACUAAAAGAACAGUGAAAAUCCACUGAUGUUGCUUUGCUAGGUGGAUAUGACCUUGUGUUUAUGCCCAUAGAUUUUUAGUCAGAGAAGCAUCUUUCUGUGGUAGGUAAUAGUACUUCUGAGUCUCAUAACUCAUCAAAAUAUCACCCCUCCAAGGCUUGGGGCACUUUCUGGAAAUGUGGGUGGAAAUAAUGUAAGAGCCAGAGGAAGGAUGGAAUGUUUUGGAAAACUGACCUUUGAAAAUAACAUUGCUGUUUUUUUUUUUCCUUGAAAUCUCAGCACCUGUGAUUACUUACAGGCGACCUGGACAGAACUGAACCCUUUAAUGUUUUAUGGAGAGGGGUAGCCAUGAAGCUCUGCUCACCACGGACAUAUGGCAAUUAAUAUUCAUGGAGGGAGGGGAUCUUGAGGCCUUUGCCCCUCCCUGAUGAUCUUUAGGCAGAUCUUGGUACUAAUAGAGUUGGCUCUCACAAGGCCUCUCAUAUAAGCAGUAAAUGGUUGCUGGGAAGGAGAGAGAUUUUUCUUUUCUUUUUUGGUCUAUUUUGAGACAGGGUCUCCUUGUAGCCCCAGCUCUUCUGGAAGUCACUAGGUAGACCAGGCUGGCCUCAAACUUACAGAGUUCUGCCUGCCUCUUCUUCCCAAGUGCUGGGACUAAAGGUGUGCACCACCAUACCAGCAAGGGAUCUAAUUUUCUUAAGUGGUGUAACCCCCGUACAUUUCCCAUGUUCCUGUCAGUAACCCCUCACCCUUCUCCUGUAAGUAACCCUAAUUAAAAGAAUUGGUUCAAACUGUA